GAAGUACGUCCUUCGUUUUCUACCAACAAAAAGAAUGAUCGGGUUUAAGGGAAUUCUUACAGAGGUGCCGGAAGAUGUGUGGAAUAGCGCUGUUGGUUUCCGGAAUUCGCAUAGACAUAUCGUCUCUUCUCCCUAAUUUCAUCUUUCCAACACCUCAAUUUAAUCAAAAGACUUUAGUUUCAGAGGAGGGUAUUAAAUCUGUUCUGCUUAGAAGAGGUCCAGAUAGCUUAGGGAGUAAGAGUGUGAUUAUUCAUCCCAAAACCUCAAUCUAUGGUGAAGGGGAAUGUGAAAUCGUUGCUACAGCUGGUGAUGAAAAUUAUAAUGAAGUAACUGACAGCAGGUUCAGCAAUGGAGGUGUUGGAGAAUUGCAUGGUGAAUUACGAUUUAUUGGGGCUACAUUGCAACUCAGAGGCGUCAAUCCUAUUGUUCAGCCUUUGGUCGAUGAUUGCGGGAACAUUCUUGUAUACAAUGGUGAAAUAUUUGGAGGAAUUCGUGUGGCUUGUGAUGAAAACGAUACAGAGAGUCUCAUGCAAUCCUUGAGAGGAGGCUGUGGUAUUGUAAAUGGACAAUAUAAAUCAAUCCCUGACGUACUUUCUCGCAUCAAAGGGCCAUGGGCUAUGAUAUAUUGGCAGAAUAGUUUGAAAACCUUGUGGUUUGGAAGAGAUGCAUUUGGUAGGCGGAGCCUUCUUGUUCACUGGCCUACACAGGAGGACUCUCGGUUUCUGCUAUCUUCUGUGUCACCGCCUUCUUUAACAUUGGAAAGAUCUGGCUGCAGUACCUAUGAGCAAUGUGAUAACCUGGGCUUCUGGGAAGAACUUCCUUGUGGAGUGUACAGUUUGUCUAUUGGUGCUUCUGAAACCAAUGGAGAAUUAUUUGCUAACGUUACAAAGCAUGAUUGGGCUAAUCCAAAUCUUAAAGAACUGAUUAGGUGGGAGAGGAAAUUCAUACAACCCAGCCCUGUUGAAUUGCAAAUUCCUCAGAUAAAGAUUUCUUGUUGGCAGCAGGAUAUUUGUCCCAAUGGUACUGGUCAUAUUUUGUGUUCGUCUACAUUGAAUGUACAAAAAGUGGUGACGGCAUUGAAGGAAUCUGUAAUGAGACGGACUUCAAGAGAUACAGUUUAUCAGGCAGUGCACAAAAACUGUUCUCCGAUAGCACUGCUCUUUUCUGGUGGAUUGGAUUCUAUGAUACUUGCAGCAUUGUUGGAUCAGUGCAUAGAUGCCAACUACGCAAUUGAUCUGCUUAAUGUAAGUUUUGAUGGUCAGUAUGCUCCUGAUAGAAUUUCAGCCAGGGCAGGUCUUAAGGAACUCCAAAGAAUUGCCCCAUCAAGACGAUGGAGACUUGUAGAAAUUGAUGCUGAUCUACAGAAAUUAACCUCUGAAACAAAACAUGUCAUGUCACUCAUAAAUCCUGCGAAGACCUACAUGGACCUGAAUAUUGGAAUAGCACUAUGGCUGGCAGCUGGUGGUGAUGGUUGUCUGUAUCAAAACAUGAUGAACAGUAGUAAUGCUGAAUUAUGUGAACGUGUCAAGUACAAGUCUGAAGCCAGGAUUCUCCUGGUAGGCUCUGGUGCAGAUGAGCAGUGUGCUGGAUAUGGCCGGCACAGGACAAAGUUCAGAAAUGGAAGUUGGCAAGGGCUGUGUGAGGAAAUGAAACUAGACAUGCAAAGGAUUUGGAAAAGGAAUCUUGGACGAGAUGAUAGAUGCAUAGCAGACAAUGGCAAGGAGGCUAGGUUUCCUUUCUUGGAUGAGGAUGUGAUAAGGGCAUUACUUGAUAUUCCUCUGUGGGAGAUUGCUGACCUGAAUCGACCAAGUGGUGUUGGUGAUAAGAUGAUCCUAAGAGAGAUUGCCCGAGUGCUUGGAUUAUCUGAAGCUGCUUCUCUGCCGAAAAGAGCAAUCCAGCAUCUUCAACGAUUUAAAGCGCCCUUUUAUUUUCCAAAAACGGAAAAUUGUAUGUCCAUACUACGGAGUAUGACUGUAUGAGGUAGCUGUAGCUUGCCUGUCAUAUACAAUCUAUAAAACUUCUCUGUACAGUUCGGUUCCAGGAUAGCACGGGAGUCGAACCGCAAGAACUUUGGAAGCAAUCGUGCAGCGAAUCAAGCAUCUGCUGGAAGUGUAGAUAUAAUAUAUUUGGGCCAUCAAACUAAUACUUAGAACACUUCUCUCUCUCAUCAUGGCCUUAAAAUGAGUAGAGCAUGUGAUGUAUUUUAUAACUAGCAACAAGAUGGUAACUCUUUGUACUCUAAACAGCUCUAGUUUCAUCUCAAGAUAUUCAAGGGAUCUUUGAUGAAACGAGGCUUCAGAAGGGAAUGCAGAGAUAACUAGCUACCAGCUGUUGAGAUAAAUACCUUAAUCUCACCUUAGCAAUUUCCAAAUUAAGGUAUUUAAAAAUGCUUUGAUCUAUAACACAGAAAAUGUGUAUUGAUAGAUGUAGUAUUAUUUAGAAAACUAUGCUUUUUGUAUGACACCCUACACAAAAAUGAUAUUUGUAAUUUUGUAUGCACACAUUCAUAUAUCUGCAUAAUUGGGGCACCAUAAGUAGUCAUUCAUAUUGAUUGAAUUUGAAUCGUUA